AAAUCUUUAAAUAACAAGUGCCUUAAAAUAAAAAACUUUAUUGAAAAUAAAUUUAAAAUAAACUUUAAAAAAAUCAUGCCAAUAUUUGGCUUUUAUAAUAAUUGACUUUAAUAAAUUUUAUGAAAAAAAUUUGGGGUUUAAGUGUAACAGAAAAACUCCCCCAAAUUAAAUUUUUUCUUUUCUGUUUAAACUCCCUCUUUAAAAAAAAUUGCCGACAAAAGCGUUGAAAGGGAUUGGCAGUAAGAAGAGCAACAGCAAUAUUGCAUUUAAAGGUUUUAUUGAAGCAUCAACAGCAGUGUUGAAAAAGCCAUGGCAACAGUAAUACCACCGACCUCAAAUGUUGAGGCCGCCUAUGAAGAUAUGUUCAAAGAAAUCACAAGAAAAUUAUAUGGUGAAGAGACCGGAAAUGGUUUGCAUACACUAGGAACCCCCGUAGCACAGGUGGCAACAACAGGACCCACAGCAGCACCAGAAGGUGAACAAAGAUCAUUUACAAAUUUGCAAAUUGAUCGUUCUACACAACCUACAAUUGAAUACGAACAUAAUAAUCCCAAUAAUGCAACAGCUACCUCGGUGGCUGCUGCAUCGGCUGCGGCUGCAACAGCAGCUGUUAUUGCUGCCGCCACAACACAAAAUGCCACAAAUGUUGUUAUACAGCAACAACCAGAGGGCUCUGUGGUUGUAACAACCACCACAAAUACAGGUGGAAAUUUCAAAUCGGAAGAUCAUUUGAGUACGGCAUUCGGUUUGGCGGCAUUAAUGCAACAAAAUGGUUUUGCCACCACAACCGGUACUAUAUUAAGUACACAGGCUAUAAAUAAAGUUAUAACAACGGCUGCUGGUAGUCAACAACAACAACAGCAGCAGCAACAAAAUGUGACAGGUGAUCAACAACAGCAGCAACAACAACAGCAAACAUGGUCUAAUGAGGGCACACAACAGCAAGAUCAACAACAACAGCAGCAACAACAACCCGCACCUACUACACAAAUUGUACAGUGGACUACUACACCAAGUGGUAAAUUACAAAGUUAUUCAACUACCACAGCACAACCACAACAACAGCAACAGCAGCAACAACAACAGCAGCAGCAACAAUUAGCAACUCCUAAGUCAAAAACUAAUAAAAAUCGUAAUGAUCAUACCUCUCCAAACUUAAAUAAUGCCACUGAUGUUAUCUAUACUAGUCCCUCGACCUCGGGUAAUAUGACACAACAACAACAGCAGCAACAGCAACAAACACCUCCCAAUGCUAAUACAUCAACAUCCUCGAAUACAUCUUCCUCUGGUGGUAGUUCAACGAGUAGCAAUAGUCGUAAGAAAUCUUCAAAUAAUCAAAAUAAUAACAACAACAAUGGACAACCUUUGGUACAAAAACGUUAUGCCUGCACACAUUGUCCUUAUUCAACAGAUCGUCGUGAUCUCUAUACACGUCACGAGAAUAUUCACAAAGAUGAAAAACCAUUCCAAUGUUAUGCCUGUUUAAAACAAUUCAAUCGGGCCGAUCAUGUUAAGAAACAUUUUUUGCGUAUGCAUCGUGAAAUGCAAUAUGAUAUCAAUAAGACAAGAAGACAUGUACCCUCUAGUUCGGGUGGUGGUGGUGGUCAUCAUCAUGGUGGCGGUAGAAGUAAUAUUACUAUAACAACGGUAAAUACACCCUUCUCUUCUUCCUCUACUAUUACUACUCCUACUACUAAUAGUAAUUUACUUAAUGAUGACAAUCUAAUUGAGCAAAAACCUAUAAUCUUCCAGACUCAGGCGAAUGUUAAUUUGGAACAAGCCUUUUUGGAACAGCAGCGUCAACCUACAUCAUCUAGUCUCAGCAUAGCCGAAACCAUAGAGGCUGUGGCCACAGCAACUGAUGCCCCCUUGCCGCAAAUGAAACAGGAAAAGAAUGAUGAUGGCUCUUUGGUGACGGGUCAAACGGCCAAUGUUAAACCCAAACGUGAGAAACGUUUUACCUGCUGUUAUUGUCCCUGGUCGGGUGCCGAUAAAUGGGGUCUCAAGAGACAUUUAAAUACUCAUACAAAACCUUUUGUAUGUCUAUUAUGUGAUUAUAAAGCAGCUCGUUCGGAAAGAUUGGCCACUCACGUUUUAAAAGUACAUAAUAAAAGAGCUUGUAAUAAAUGCUCUUAUCUAGGUGACACUUUGGAAGAAUAUCAACAACAUUUGAAUGAAGUGCAUCCUACGACUCCUUCUAAUCGUAGUAAUAGUAAUAAUAACAAUAAUUCUACAAAUAAUACUACAACAACUACUAACAACAAUUCAUCAAAUAAUUUAAAUGUAUUACGUACAAUUGGCAAUACUUUAGGAAAUAAUAAUAAUCAACUAAAUCAAUUUCAAAAUAAUAACAAUUUUAGUGUUAAUAAUGUUUCAACCACUACAACAAAUGGCAAUUCUGUUACUAUAUAUACCACUACGACUACAGAUAAUCAAGGUGGUAAUAUUACAACAGGUGGUCCUUUACAAGAAAUUAUUGUAAAUCCGUCUUCAAUGGUGGGUUGGCGUUUAAGUGCCAAUGGCUCUUUAAUACCACCGCACGAUUUGUUGACGGGAGGCCUGCCAAACGCCGCAGCCCAGAAACGUGGCUCUGAGCGUUUAUUUCAAUAUCUUGAGGCGGACGGAAGUGAUCCAGAAGAUUAUGCGCGUCUUUUAAAAAUGGACGCAAUUAGUCGCAAUACAGCUUCAGUCGCUCAGGAUUUUCAUAAGGCGGGAGGCGUGCACGAGUUGAAACUACCAGCAAAUCAUCAACUCCUGUUCAAUAAUAAACUGCCUUCACAAUGGACGACUAAAGAAGCAGCUGCUUUACUGCAAAGUCUUAGCAAUGCCAACAAUUUGAGCUUUGUCUAUCAACAGCAACAACAACAACAACAAUUGCAACAACAGCGUUCCAAAUAUGCACCCACAAAUGGUUUCCUUAAUCAAAAUGGUAAUGCUGGUCAACGUCAGCGUCAACAUUCUUCGGGUGAUGAUGAAAAUACACCCUCUUCGGGUUCAUCAUCAUCGACAGCAUCAUCUAGUGAUGAUAUGUCACCGAUUAAAAUGGAACGAUCUACUAAGGCUUAUAAUUUGGUAUUAAAUAAUAACGAGCAGAGAAAGACGAUGUCAAAGACAUAUUUACAUAAAAAUUAUGAUUUGCAAGAAGCAUCUUCCAAUUCAUCAUCAACGAAUGCAAAUGAUAUUUUUAUAAAUGCAGCUUAUAAUAACAACAAUAACAACAACAACAGCAGCAGCAACUUCAAUGGCAACAUUAGCCAUAUAGAUAUAAUGAAAAAUCAAGAAAUCUUCAAUGAAGAUCAAGAAAAUCAAGAGCAGCUUAUUAGAUCGUCUCCCGCGUAUAAAUAUAAUAGUCAAUAUUAUAAUAAUAACAACAACAACAAUACAAAUUUAAAUAAAAUUAAUAACAACAACAACAAGUCGUCAACAAAAACCAAUAUUAAUAACAACAAUAUUAUUAUUAACAAUAACAAUAAUAAUAAUAACAACACCAAUAAUUAUCAACAUCGUCUUGAUCUGCAACACAAUAAAGAAAACAACAAUAAUGCAACAUUUCUAACACAAAUGGAAUUUCAAAAUUUAAAUAAAAUCGGUACACAAUUUCAAAAUUAUGUUAAAGAUAUUAUAAGCAAAUAUUAUGCUGCCGAAACACCGGUAAUGUUUCCCAAUAUGCCCACAGCAACAACUACUGCUCAGCAAAGUCAACAGAGAUCAAAUUUACAAACCUCACCUAAACGCAAAAGAAUGUUAAGUGAAACUGAAGAAUAUAUAGAGUAUUUGAAAAAUAAAGAAGAUAUUACUUUAACCAUUACACCCAAAAAUAAUAAUAAUCCAAAUAGUAGUCAAAGCAAUGGUGUUCUUAUACAAAAAUCACCUUUACCUUUGAAAAGAGAACGUGACUUAGCUUCAGAUUCUUAUAAGAGAAUAUCACCAAAGAAACAAAUGUUAGCAGCAGCGACAGCACAAGGAGUUUUAAAUACUUCGGCCACACAGCAGCCACCAACAGCAGCCGCUUUAACUCAACAUAAAUCGAAUAAGAAAUCUAUAUCACAAUUGGCCACUUUAUUGCCUCUAUUGGCAGAUGCCGCUUCACAGCAACAAUAUUUGACGGCACCUUUAGAUUUUAGUAAAAAGCCUGCUAAUGAUCACACCGAUAUUGUUCAGAUAAAACAAGAACAAGAGGAAGACAGUGUUAAGGUUAUUGUAAAACAAGAACCCGAGGAUAUUACUCUCAAACAACAAGAACCUCAAGAUCCCAUAGAAACUCAAACGGCUCACAAAGCUUAUGCCAAUUUCUCAGUUAAUGCUUUACUUAAUAACAUUGGGCUAAAUGCCGAUAAACGUUCGUCACGCAAACAAGCUCAACCUAAAAAGAUACGUGUACCACCAGAGAUGGUUAUAGCUAUGUUAAGAGAUAAAUAUCUUAAUCGUAUGGUAGAUCAUAAACUAAGCUGUAAGGAUUGCAUCAAUUCGAAACGUUCAUCAAUGCUAGUGUUUAACUAUCAUACUAAGGCAUCGUUGUGUUUGCAUCGCUUGUGGAAGCAUUCGGAAAAACCACAAAAAUGUAAAAAAUGUGGUGAGAAAUUCAAGCAAAAAUAUAAUUUAAAAUUACAUCAGAUGAAAGUGCACAGAAAGGUGGCCAGAGCUUAGAGAAGACUAGAAAGUAGAAGAAGAAAAAGAAGAAGGUGCUAAAGGUAAAAUAACUGGGCAUUUGAAAUUUUUUAGUCAAGAAUUUGUUUAUUUUAUAGUUUGUUGUAUUAACAAUUAAGUUUUUUUUCUAACGUUUUGUUAAAUACAAAAAGCUUUCGAAACUUUUUUUGUGUGGGAAAUAUUAUUCCUAGAUAAUAAUACUUUUUGUAAACAUAUAUAAAAAGCUUUUGUUUUUUGUCUUAAAUUAUAUAAUGAAAGCUUAUAAAAAGCUUUUUAAAGUAUAAUUUAAAUAACAUUUAAAAUUAUUAAGCUUUAAACAGAAAACUCUGGGAAAAAAGCUUUCUUUGUUAAAUUUUGAAUAUUGCCUUAAACAAAAAUAUAACAUUUGUUUUUAAAACUUUUGAUACUUUAAUAUUUUCAUUCCUUAAAUGUAAAACUUUAAAAAGCUUUCUAAAAAAAAGCUCAU